AUGAAAUUCCCGGGCUCCGUCCUCGUCUCGCUGUUCCUCUUCGUGGCCGAGACGGCGAUCGCCUUGUACCUGAGCAGCACCUACCUCUCAGCGGGAGACCGCAUUUGGCAGUCACUGACGCUCUUCUUCGCUCUCUUGCCUUGCAUCCUGGUCCAGUUCAGCCUCGUCUUCAUCCACCGCGACCUCAGCCGGGACAGGCCGUUGAUAUUGCUGCUUCACAUCCUGCAGCUAGGACCCAUUGUCAGGUGCGUGGAAGCUUUUUACAUUUACUUUCAUGCAGGUAGAGUGGAAGAGCCUUAUGUCAGUAUUACUAAGAAGAGGCAGAUGCCAAAAGAUGGACAUUCAGAAGAAGUUGAGAAGGAAGUAGGCCAGGCAGAGGGGAAGCUGUUUACACACAGAUCUGCAUUUAGUCGAGCAUCAGUGAUUCAAGCUUUCCUAGGAUCUGCACCUCAGCUAACACUUCAGCUUUACAUCUGUAUUCUGCAACAAGAGAUCACAGCAGCUAGAAGUAUCUUCAUGGUCCUUUCUCUCCUGUCAAUUGUGUAUGGAGCACUGCGAUGCAAUAUUCUGGCCAUUAAGAUCAAGUAUGAUGAUUAUGACAUCAGUGUGAAACCUGCUGCCUACCUUUGCAUUUUCCUCUGGAGGAGCUUUGAGAUUGCAACAAGAGUGAUAGUCCUUGUCCUCUUCAGUUCAGUUCUUCAGAUCUGGAUCCUGCCUGUGGUGCUGGUGAAUUUUUUUGCUUUUUUCUUUUAUCCUUGGAUUCAGUUCUGGAACAGCAAGUGUACUCUGCCAGAAAACAUAGAAAAAGCCUUGAGCAAUGUAGGCACCACCAUUGUUUUAUGUCUCCUCACUUUUCUGUAUGCCGGCAUCAAUAUGUUUUGCUGGUCAGCAGCGCAGUUGAAGCUGAAUGAUUCUGAUUUAAUUGACAAAUCCCCAAACUGGGGUAGACUGGCUUUGUACUAUUUGCUGAGAUUCUUUGAGAAUGCUUUUCUCUUACUAAUGUGGUACACAUACAAGACAGAUGUCUAUACAUAUAUAUGUGCUCCAGUGCUGUUCUUACAACUGCUGAUUGGCUAUUGCAUAGCUGUCCUUUUUAUGCUUGUGUUCUACCAGUUUUGCCAUCCAUGCAAGAAGCUUUUUUCUUCCAAUAUUUAUGAAGGAUUGGUAAUAUGCUUCAAGUUUUUUUGUUAUGUCUGCAAACCUCUGACAUCUAGCAACUCUGUAGAAAAAGAGAAAUUAAAAUUCCCAGAGAAUAUUGAAAAUGAUGCCCUGGCUAGUUACAAGGCAAAUGAAUCCCAAAAUGGAAGCACUCAGCAGAGUGUGUCUUCUAAUGCAUAG